UUCAACACGAACGCACUUAUCGUUUAAUUUUAAGCUCUUCAAGAGACAGUAGUUCUUCUUCUAAUGACUGCUUUUGUUUUCAAGAAAAGUGUGCGUUUUGUUCGUAGGGUUUUAGCGUUUCAAAAAGAAAUUGUUUCUAAAUUGGCAAGCAUUCCGUCGGAUAACAGACCAUGCGAUGUAAUGUGCGUACGUAAGGGACUUGCUGGCUUACGCAAACCCUCUAGUUCGCAUUUCAUUCAUUCGUAUCGCAUACGUAUUUCAAAGUUGAUGGUUCGUCUUUUAUCCAUCGUUUUACUUUUGUCCUGUUUACAUAUCAUAUUACCUUUAAUUGACUUUCUUCUACAGUUUUCCAAGGAUUAUAGUUGUUGGUCUUUAACUUUGUUCAUGUUCCGUGACCUUUAAUUUUCCCUUUCAGAACGGCUCCUUUGACGGCGGCGAGUAGAAUAGUCUUGUUUAACAUCCCACCUUCGCUUUCAUGGCCCAUCAGGAUAGUCAAAAGAUUAAGACGGAUGAAAGGAAGUAGAGAUGGACACUUAACGGCCCACGGCACUGGCUUAAAAUCGAGUUACUUGCGGUAGCUCAAUCGCCGAUGACCCAUCAUGGCGGAUCCAUUUCUGGGAAUCUUUGAUGGAGUCAAUAACGGCCUGGAUGAUUUAGGUUUAGGCUCAUCGUUGGGCUCGCAUGGAAGCCAAGGAACACAACUACAGCAUUCUGCUUCUUUUCCUGGGUUUCAGUCGCAAUCGCCGUCAAACUCGAACCAACCCAAGCUUCAACAUUUCGAUGAACGAUCUUCAAGCUCCCCGUUUUUACCUCCGUCACAGAAGCUUCAACAUUUUGACGAUCCGUUACUCUCUUCCUCGCCGCAGCGGUUUCAUACCAUGCAGUCGCCCUCACAGCAACAGUUUUCCGAAUUUCGUUCGCCAUCACAGGUUAACAUGUGUUGGCCUCGUGGCCAAGCAUCUCGUAGCUCUCCUAACUACAGCGGAUACACGCAGGGAUCUGAACAGUCACCCUUCCGACAGCCAUUUGGCUACGGCUUUCCAAGAUCAUCUUCUCCGAGGCUACAGCACUUUGCUAAUCAAUCUCCCAUGAAUUCUUCACCCGAUCGUUUUCCAACUGGUCCUUCACAAUCCCCUAGACUUCAACUUUCAAAUCAGUCAUCAUCGUCUGUUCCCUUUUCCGGUUCCUCUCCCAAAGGCUCAAGCCCCAACACAAUGGAGCUGUCUCAGCAGCAGAAACACAAACAAAUCAGUCCUCAGCAAGCACUUUAUAGACACUUUCAGGCUUCAGAAGGAAAUCAACAGCAACCAGAACUAGGGGGACAAAAUCGUUUGCAGCAUCUGAUGGCAGGAAAUGUAGUUGAUAUGGAUCAAGGGAAGCCUCCACUCUCUGGGCAAGGGGAAGGAGCUUUUGGUUACAAUCCUUAUCAGGGUGGACCUCAACCACCCAUGGCUAUGCAUCAGAAUUCACCUCAGUCUGGUUAUAAUUCACAGCAGUUUCAAAAUCCACAAUAUGGUAGUUUCAAUGGAGGAAUGCCUGGUGGGGUUGACAACAAGGACAUGUACGGUGCAGCAAACCAGCACAACAUGGCUGCGCAGCAACGUGGGUAUCCAUUUACUAAUCUGAAUAUGUCAAAUCCUCAGGAUUUGAUGCAAGUCAAGACAUCAGCAAUCUUGCUUCAAAUGCAGCGCAUUCAACAGCAGAUUCAGCAAAUGCGGGAAAUGGGACAGCCGGCUCAACUUCAGCAGUUACAAAUUCAGUUUCAGCGGCUGUACCAAGUAUAUGUGAUGCAACAGCAGCAGCGAAUGCAACCAAACUUCCAACCUCAAAAUUAUGAUCAGCUAAGGUUUUUUCAACAGCAAAGACAGCAAGAGAAAGCCAAUAGGAUUGCUGUAGAGGCAAUGGCCAAAGCUGCAUUACACACUACUGAUGGAAUACCUUCAUUGCCUGGGUUUCCUCAAAUGUCGUCGGCCCAGCGAAUGAUGGGACAUCCAUCUGCAGUUAGUACGGGAAUGAUUGAUUUAUCAAGGCACCCUAAGCCUGCAGAACCUAUUAGCCUGGGACCCUCUAUUGUUUCAAAACCUGCACCAGUACGGAGCACUCAUACUUCAAGGUUCUGUUUUAUUAUUAAUUUUGUAAACAUGAAUCACAAUCUCUGAUUUUAUCAAAGGGCACUGCUAAAGUCAAAGCAUAAGGAAAUGGUAUUGCCAUAUAAAAUCCAUCUUCUCUACAUGCCCAAUACAGUGUUUUCUUAUUGCCUUGAUACACAGAUAAUGACUUGACAUUGAGCUUCACUUUCCCUAGGAUAAUAUCACAUAAUGUGUUGUCCCAUUGUGUUUUCCUUUUUGUUGUAAUUUAUUUAAACCACAACAAUUAAGUUGACAUGGGUGCUUUAUUGUUUAUAGGCCUCCAGCUACUGUCUUGGCAAAACCAGCCCCUAUUCGUAAUAGAAAAGAUUCAUCUGAUGCAGAACCAUCGCCUCCCAAUUCACCAAGCUAUUUUGAAGAGGAUAUUGAAUCCAGUAUCACUGUAAGUUGAGUAAUGCUUGGUUUGUUUAACAUUAAACAAGAUGAUUACCAUUACCAUCAAAUUUCAACUAUUUUUUUUCAAAGAACAUCUUUCAAAUAGAAUUUAGAAAUUGUGUUUUAUUGUUUAGUAUUACAGUUAAAGUCAUAUAUGAACAAUUAGACAUCUCAGCCUGUCUAAUUUGCAUUUAUGGACACAAAAAUAAACAAACGUGGCCUCGUUUUGUGUUCAGUCAUUUAUUUUACAGUAUAAUUUACAACAGCUGGUGCAACCACUCUGUUGCACACAAAUGAAUCUGUCUUAAGAGUUUACCAAUGGUCUCUCCUGUUUAUUAUGUCCUCAUCCUCUGAUAUUUUAGCGCCGAUCUCUCAGAGAACGUAAAAAGAAAACGUACAAGGAUGACUUUGACUAUAACUUGUCUGAAGAGGAAGGAGAGAAAGAGCCCAUCAAUGACGUUGCAGCUUCGUCAACUUUUCCAACUGAUGUUGCCGCCAGUUACUUUCCAGUGGCGCCAGAAGUGGAAGAGACAACAGUAGUUGAAAAAAUUCUGGCUAUGAGGACUAAACAAGUAAGGGGAAAAAUUGUAGGCUAUUAACUAUUAUAUUUGAUUCUGUUAGAAAUCUGGCUCUUUAUGUCAUUUUGUAACAAUUGAGGAUAUGGCAAGGUACAAUGGCUGUUAUACCAUUUAGCACACUUGUCUGGUGUAUCUAGAUCUUAUGUAUAAUUCUCUCUUAAAUAAGAAUUAUGUCUUCUUGACUUAUCAUCAGUCUUUAGUUUUCUAAAGUUUGUGUUCAAUGAAAUCAAUAUUUCUUUCAGGAUGAAGAACUGGGAAAUUAUGAAGAAUUUUUUGUCAAGUUUAAGAAUUAGUAAGUUGAACUGUGAUCCUGAAUUUAACUUAAGUAUGAGUUUUGUGGAAACUUACUUAUCAUUCCAUAUCAUUUCUUCCUCAAGCUCGUAUCUUCAUUGUGAAUGGGCAACUGCUGAAAAGCUAGCGAGAGGUGAUAAGAGAAUACACAUGAAAAUCAAGAGAUAUAAAGCUAAACAGAAUGCAGUGGCUUUCUUCAGUGAGGUUUGAACGUUAAUUUCUCAAUUUUUUAGCCACUGCAGCGGAAAACGAUCUAGCGCCUAAUGCUGUGCCGUUAUCUUAUUGAAUUCUUUCUUGGUGCCAAUUUCUUGAUAAUACAAUUUGUUGAAUUCUUUUAUUUUGGUUGACAGCUUGAUGAAGAACCAUUUAACCCUGAUUAUGUUGAAGUUGAUCGUGUACUGGAUAAGUCUACAGGAGUUGACCAAAAUAGUGGAGAGGUAAGCUAGAAAAGUCUAAUACCGGAAGUAUGUCCACUUAAAUUCUUAUUGUGGGAGGUCUACGUGUAGUUAAUGUCACUGUUACAAGUAAGUCUCCCAAAUAGUCUGAUUUACUGUGCUCUACCCAAAGACCAAUAAUCACCCUUUUUGGGCAACAAUAUUGUGCAAGAGGACCAUUUUUUUUAGUGGUAGUUUGAACAAUAAUUAAUGCAUAGUGGAUAUAAGAAGACGAGCAUUGUAUGAAUAAUGAUAGUUAGAUCAUUGUUCAUUAUGAUCAACCCAAGCUCCAGCUUUAUUACUGUUGCAUCUAUUAAAGAUUGCUUUGCGUUACACUUUUUGAAACAAGUGGUUGGUUUUUGUGGCUUGUCGCAUUAACACAUUAUCAAGGUGAGAAUGAUUAUGUUAGAGUUAUAUCACUGUCUCCAAUUAGCGAUAAUCUGUGCCACAGUCAACUGAUAACAAUAAUGUGGUUUGUAAAUAAAAAUGCUGUCUUCAAGUUAUUAAUAACCUGAUAUUACCCUUUCUAUUUUUGUCGCCAAAUCUUUUUAACUUUACACUUUGCAUGCAUGUAUAUCAUAUUUGCCCAGAUGAUGAUAACCAUAUUUGCGUGAACAUGGCUGGUCUUUAUAAGAGAGGUCAUGGAUACACGUAGUUAAACAGGAGAAGGGAUCAAAGUGAGAUAAAAAUAAUCACACCUUUCUUUCCAACCCCAUACAAAAACCAAAUGCAUGCAAUUGAUUUCUUUUAAGUUCCUUAUAUCUUUUAAAGAGGCAAGAAAUACCAUGUGUUCCUCUUUGAAAAAAGGGAUUUUUUUUUUCAUUAUUUGUUGAUAGAGUAAGGUGCUAGGACAUUGCUUAAGAUGAAGCUGGUGCAUGGAAAUUAACUUGUUAGGCAUCACUGAUAACAAAUUGUUAGAAUGAAUUCCUUGAAUGUAUUUCUGCCUGAAAGUGCAUACAGUUGAAAUGACGUUAAACUUGCAUCAGUCUAAAACUUGUAAAAUAUGUGGAAGGUACUUUUUAGUGUUGAUUUACCUGUAUUAACACAUAGUUAGAUAAAUGUCACAUGUAAAUCUGAAAAUAAUAGUCACAGAUUUUGAGCAUUGGCUAAAGCUAUUAGAUAUGGGAAAUUUAAGGUUAAUGCACUCGUGUAACUUCAGAACAGAGUUAGUUCAGAAUCACAUGAUCCAAAGCUACAUUUAUAUAUUGGCAUAGUGUAGUUUGCAGCUUCAUUUGUGAAAUGUAUUAAACCAGACCUUGCCGUUCUUGUCUGAGUAUUAUGCAAAUGUUAAACAUUCCACCCUUAGGGAACAUAAAUAAUUAAUUUACACCUCUUUCCAUGCAUGAAAUAGAGUUUUUAUCUCACCCCUUUUAAAAUAAAUCUUAGUGUACUUUACAAGGUGUUAGCAGAUAUAUUGAGAGUAGCAUUUUUACAGGCAUCAUUGGACUGCAUCUCUGUUUUAAAUCUGUGAAAUAGUGGAGUUCAUGGGAUUAACCCUGAAAAGAUAUAUGGUAUCAAAUGUAUAUUGCACGGUGCAAUAUUUCACACGUAAUUUAUAUUAUGCAAAGUCAAACAUGUUGGCGGUUCCGAGUUGUAUGGAUAUAAUUUUCUUUUUAGUACCUUGCUUAUGGUUUGUAAAGGUCGUAUUCAAGUGCGAUGUGUUGAAGUGUUCAACAGCAGUAAUGUGACUCUAGGUUCCCUUUCUCUUUGUUGAGCUCAUUUUCUUGUUAAAUGUUUUCAAAGAGUUUGUAUUAUUCAUUUAACAAAAAAAAUUUGUUUUCAUCAAAACUCUUGUCCCAUCUCUAGAGUUGCUUCCACUACUGACAGUGUACUUUCUGCAGAUGUUUAGUUUUAAUGUUCUGUCACUUUCUAGCUAUUGUCUUCAUGUGGAUCAUGCUGUUUGUCUAGUUUCUACAGUACUGAUUUCAUUAUUUGAAAGUUAAGGUUGUACAACAGUCAUUUGGUGUUUUUGGGCAAUUAAAGUGGAAAGUAGUUUAUACUGUGUAGCUGCAUCAGCUCUAGUAAGGCUGUCAUUGAUAAUUAUCAUGUUUCAGUGUGAUUAUUGUUCAGUCUCUGCAGUCUUCUUGUAUUGUUUCAUUUUUGAUUGUACGCUUUGUAUUUCAUGCAAUUACAAACUUAUUAUAACAACAAUGAUCAUUCAAGUUGAUUGGUGCUGUGAAUGGAGGCACACAGACUAAUUCAGGUUUUGUUUAACUUAUCAAACAGAAGUACCAAAGCAAACAGUCUGUGAGCGUAAAAAAAGGAAAAAUUUCCUCUUUGAUAUCGCUUCCUUCUGUGUUAAUAUAUCAACUGAAGAAGGCUUUUAAGUUUUGUACUAAAUCUUAAUCCUGACCUUUGUUAUUGAGAGCACUUGCAGUUUUUGCGGUGUGAUAAAAAAGUUAGUAAUGUCAUAUAUUAUGUAACUAAAGUUGCUUUAUUCUUUGCCCUUCUUGAAACAUGUCAUGUGAUCUGAACUGUUGGUUGAAUUUCAUGGCUGUUGAAAUCUGGGCCAUGUUGUUCAAAACUGGGUUGACUCAAGUCAGGGUUAUAGCAAAAUUUUAAUUCGGAUAUGACAGUGUAAAGAGCAAAUUCAGUUUAAAUUUGUUUUUGUGUACAAUUUGAUGACUGGUUGCUCUGAAAAGAAUACAGAAAAUUAUGCUAGACUAUGCUUUUGAAUGAAAGAAACCCGGAUUGAAAUUUACCUCAGGUUGGGUGCUAAUCAGCCUUUGCACAACUGAGCCCUGAGUGGUUCACAUGACAUAUACAAGCAUUUCAACCAAAAUUGUUCUGUGGUGCUGGUUAGGAAUUUCUUAAUGCACAAGAUGUACAUAGAUGGUUAAAAUCACUUUUAAGUUUAAAUUAAUGAUGAGCAACUUAGAUUGCAUGACCAUUUAAACUUCCUGUAUCUAUCCAAAACUCUUCACUGUUGGCUAAAAGAGUGUUAAUUUUGCAGGUGAAGUUUAGUGUUUACUAAGUCCUUCCAGAGUUAACAUUGUACUAUUUUAAGAUUUAGGUUUAUUUGUUAUGGAGGUUUACUUCUAUUGUCCUGUUGCUGUGUAUUUCAAACUCAGAACAGUGAAAUGAGAUCCUCCUAGAACAAACUUGAUGCUUGUCAGACAAGUUCCUGUAGUUGUUGUCAGGACACUUCACUACAAGCAUACAAAAUAUUCUCACUAAGGACAAAGAAGGGUCAGUGUGUGUUGUUGUUGGAUAAUUAAUUAUUUAAGUGACUUUUUUGGUGCACUUACAACAAACAUCUGUCUCCUGUUAGGUCUUUACAAAUCCAUCUUUUGUAAAGUUGUCAUUAAACAUGUAAAAACUAACACAAUAAUGUGGGGAAAUUUGGGCAACCUCGUGAUGCCAUUAUCAAGGAAUGGAAAUAAAUGCAUCUUGAAGUCACCCAGCCUCGGGACAUUAUUUUGUUAGUUUUUCCAUGUUUAUGUUUCUCCAAAUCAUUAUUGAUUAAAGUUUUCAUUGAUAACCUUAUUUAUUGCCUCUCACAAUUUGCUUGCAGCCAAUCACACAUUACCUUGUGAAGUGGAGAUCACAGCCUUACGAAGAAAGCACCUGGGAAAUUGAGGUAAAAUUCACAAAGCAAUUAAAACUCCUAGAAAUAAAAAGUUCUUCCAGAGGUUUCAAUUGAAUGGUAAAACUGCAAGAUUAUUUCCCCAUAUUAAAAAGGCUGUCAGAGUGAUUAAAAAACUCUCCUCAACUUAUUUUGUUCUGCAAAAAUUCCUGUCGAGCAAAUGAUUGCUUACAAUGAUUCUGAGAAUUUGUCAAUUUAUACAGGGCUUCUGAUAUUUCGCGGAAAAAAAAAUCGGCCGAUUUCGUGGGAUUUUCGCAGGAGAAAAGUCCAUAUUCGCAGAAAAAUCGGCCGAUUUCGUGGGAUUUUAGCGGAAAAAAGUCAAAUUUCGAAGGAUUUUCAGGGAAAAAUUCUCAGAAAAAUCGGCCGAUUUCACGGGAAAUUUCGGGGAGAAACUUAGCCAAGAAACAAUCUGUAAAAAACAGCCGAUUUUGCUGGAUUUUUUUGGGCAAAUUUCACUAAAAUCGAUCAAUUUUGCGUCGAUAUCACCAGCGUUGUUCUUUUAACAGGAAUAAUCAUUUGCUCUUUCAACAACAGUUCGCUCGAGGAAUGAGCGAAUGCUUAAGCCAUUAACAUUAUGGUUAGUGCCCAGUUUUUCGCAACAUUAAUCUAAGAAUGCCUGGUAGUUUUGGGACGUUGUUUACUCUUUGCAGUGACGAAGUUUCAAGAUAAAUUUGGACGUUUGGGGUGAAUAAAACAGGUCUAAUGGCCAAGAUAAGCAUUAAAUAUGUUUUGCCGACAUGUAUUUGGAAAUAUUUCUGGCGGAUUUCGUGGUAUUUCGCGUUUUUGGGGGAAUUUCGCGGGAUUGCGCGGAAAUACCAGAAUUUUGCGGGUCCGCGACCGCGCGAAAUAUCAGAAGCCCUGAUUUAUAGUGUCUCAAUAUUUCUUUGCAGGCUGAUGUUGAUGAAGAUAAGAUCAAACAUUUCCAAAAGCUUAAGGAACUCCCACCAAUGCAACUAAGACAGGUAUGGUAAAUUAGGAGCAAGAGGAAGGAAUGACGUACAGGCAAAUGUUUUUUUACAGUUUUUGCCUUGUUAGCAUAUGCCUCUCAUUCUGACAGGCAUCACAGACCACCCUUAUUUCCGAUUUAUCCUAUAAUUUGUAUAGGAUCCUAUAAAGAACCUAUAUUUCAAAAAAUCAUCUUAUAUUACCUAUAAAUAGGACUUAUUCUGAUAUCUGCAUUUUGCACUGUGAAGCAAUUUUGUUGUGAAUUAAGAAAAUCAAAAUUCUUUAUCAGUAAAAAUAGUAUUCCCUUACCCAGGGUUGUCACUAAGAUUUCAAGUUGCCGGGUAAAUACAACAAGUAGGCGGGGAACCAAACGGCUAGGGAUUUCUUUUGGUUCUAUUUUUCUUCUAUUUUCCAAUAAAAGUAGCCGGGGGCCACUCUCUUAGUAGCCGGGGAAAAUCCCCAGCCCCCGGCUCUUAAUGACAACCCUGCCUUACCUAUUCUUCUUAUUUGGGGAAGCUAAUGAACAAUUAGAGAAAAAUAUAAUACGUAUACAUUCUUUUGGUAUGUGCUUCUUUGUUCACCAUUGAUGGGCUGUUGCCAAACCUGCCCGCCAACAUCAGAAGACGUGACACCAGUGACUCAAUGAACUUAACCACAUUCCGAUUGAGUAACUGAGGUCACGUGCAAAUUUGUUUCCCGAGUAGCAACCAAGAGACAAUAAAUCAACAAUGGGGGAAAAAGUUGUCACAGAUUUUAAGGUCUUUUCAUUGGAAUAGAAAUGAGAUGAGUCACAGAGAGUUUAUUCAAAACACAACCUUUGCAGCAAAAGUAAUUUUAAACAAUAUUUUUAUUUCUUUAUUUAAAGACACCUGAGAUUAUGUGCGUGUUGGGAAAAUGUUAUGAGAUAAAUAAAUUAAAUAUUUAAUUAUCCUUUCCCCUUGUGGAGCUUUUCAGGGUUGAAAGAAUGUAAUUCAAAUGGAACAUAACAUGAUUAAGAAUCCCAGUUGGUAGGAGGCAAACCAGUUAGCUAUUGUUUUUUUUUUAACUUAGGACUACCAAGAACAAAUCCAGCUACAGUCAGGGCAGGACUUAAACCUUGGGGCCUCUGAAUUACAAUCCCAGCACUCUAAUCGCUCAGCAGUGCUGUCUCCUAAUAUUUUACCUUGCAUAAACUCAAAUGUAAAAUUUUUUCUUGCAGUUUCGUCCUCGUCCAUACCCUCAUGAGUGGUACAAGAUGGAUACCUCACCUGUAUACAAGAAUGGCAAUGUGUUGCGAGAAUAUCAGCUAGAAGGUGUCAAUUGGCUCACUUUUUGUUGGUGUAACAGGUGAAAAGUUCUUCCACUAUGUUGUUACACAAUAAUAUUUGUUCUGAUGGUAUGUUUUAUUGCAAGGGUGGUCUCAUACAUGAAGACAGCUGACAUUUUGCGAUGUCACCACUGAUUUCACCCAAAAUGCUGUUUGAGGAUGGAACGCAGAAAUUCCAUACUGAUGACGUAUCACUUCCCCGAUCUGGGUAGCACUUCUGAUUGGUUGUGCCAUAUAAGAAGUUUGCUUAAACCAGUCAGAAUCGCUACCCACUUCUGGAUAGUGACACGUCAUCAUUAUGGAAUUUCUGUGCUCAUUCUGUAGGGAAACCUGUUGCAGUGUUGCAAAAAUUUGGCUAUUUUCUCUGGUUACAUCCAUAGUGAUCCAAUUUUUAUGUACUUCAGUAACUUGCUGCUGUUUGUUAGAGGCAUUGUUUAACUUAUUUCUACUGUUUAGGCAAAACUCCAUCUUAGCUGAUGAAAUGGGACUUGGAAAAACAAUUCAGUCUAUUUCUUUUCUUAUUGAAAUGCAGGUGAGUGUAAAUCCCCAUCUGGGAUCACCUAUCAGCUUCAUCCAUUUAAUAUUAUGACAUGUAGAAUACAGUCUUGGCAUGUUCCAAGCUAGUUGUACAAUGGUUCUAAAGUUUUUUUUGUGUGAAAAGAUAUGAACAAUUAAUAUUAAGACUAAUAGGAGAAAAAUAUUUUCAAUUGCAGCGGUACGGUGUGAGGGGGCCAUUUCUGGUGAUUGCACCGCUCUCCACAAUUUCUAACUGGCAAAGAGAAUUUGAAACCUGGAGUGAUAUAAAUGCUGUUGUGUAUCAUGGGAGGUAAGUGUUUUGUUGUUGGUGGUGUUGUUGUUUAUUACUAAGAGUGAUUCUAAAUGAACGUUACAACUUGCUGAUAUGGGGAUUACUUCCCUUGCAGUGCGUCAAGUCGUCACUUGAUACAGGAGUAUGAAUUCUACUUCAGAGAUGAAAAUGUAAGUUUCAGUCAGUGCUUUUUGCUAUAAAUUGUAGAAUAAUAAUUAUUUUACCAUUCCUAGUCAUUUCUAUUGUGAUAGUUACUUUAAAUGUAUAAAUUGCCAUAUAGGUUUCCUUAAGCAAUAGACCACACUUUCUAUGGGUUUACUAGCGUGAUAACCCAUGUGGUGUUUUAGGGGAACACGAGAAAAGCUUGUAAAUCACUCUCCUUCGGCUCGUGAUUUACAAACUUUUCUCGUGUUCUCCCAACAUCCCAAGUGGGUUAUCAUACCGGUAAACCCAUGGGAAGUGUGGUCUAUUCCUUUUAUAAAAUAACUUUAAAGCGUGUUUCAGUUUUUUAUGAGUUUACUGGCACAAUAAACCAUAGGUUUUUAACCAAUAAGAACAAACUUUCUAUCUUAGUUAUUUUAUAAAAUGAAAUACUGCAUAGCUUGACCCUCUGAAGGUCCAUUCAUGUCCUCAUCAUAUUCCCAGUUACCAACUUUUCGACCUUUUUUUGUCAUCCCACAUUACUGAUGGUAUAGCAUUCCUUUUUUUCCCAGGGCCAACCAUUUAAUGGAUUGUACAAGUUUGAAGCAAUGAUUACAACGUACGAAAUAAUUAUAGGUAUGAAGAUGUAUAUAACAUAAUGUUUUGCUUUGUGGUGAAAAUCCCUUCUUUUUAUGUAACUGGCCAGAUGGUAUCCUUUUUUUAGUGCACAGUCCAAGUCAAUAAACCUGUUUUUGUUUGCUUUUUUUGUCUGUAAAGCUGACAACAUGCAACUCAGUUCAGUGCCGUGGAGAUGUGUGGUUAUAGAUGAAGCUCAUCGGCUAAAGAAUCGAAACUGCAAACUUCUUGAAGGCCUCAACAACCUAAGCAUGGUAUACAUGUACACUUAAUAUAUUUCUCCAGGUUCUCUAAUUAAUUAUUAAGUGGCCAGUGAGUGAUACACGGGUCAUGGUUUUGCUUUCUGUGGGUGGAGUUGAUGGUUGGUAGAAGCCUUGAUUACAGCAGUUUUGCCAGACUAACAAACUGACUGAACAAGAUGGUUAAUGGUUGAAUGAAUAAGAGGGAGUGAAAAAAUUAAUAAAAUAGUGCUGGAAAGCAAAACUGGCUCAUCACUCUGCUCUGAUACUAACAGCAUGUUAAAUAAUGCUGUUUUCAAGGAACAUCGGAUAUUGCUGACAGGAACGCCACUACAGAACAAUGUAGAUGAGCUCUUCAGUCUUCUGAACUUCCUUGAACCUGCGCAGUUUCCCUCUCAAGUGGCCUUCCUUAUGGAAUUUGGUGACCUUAAGACAGAAGCUCAAGUAGAAAAACUCAAACAGGUAUGCACAAUUUCAGCUUAUAUUUUAAUACAUAGUGUCAAGCUAAAAGUAAAGGUCCUGCUGUUUCUUACACUUCUAUGGCUUGAAGGGUUUUUUGGCACUAAACAGGUUGUCAACAUUAAUGUUAUGGGGUAUUGUUUCCUUACUACCAAGUAUGGUAUAUGCUGAAUAGAUGGUGGAAUAUGGGAAUUAAAUUCUUGGGUUAGAGGAGGUGAAGUUAAACAUCCUUGAAAUGAUGCUGUAACAUGUUAGACUACUGAAGCACAGGAAGAAAAAUCUUACACUGAUCAAGGAUGCUGAAAGCAAGUUUUUCUUUUCAUAGUUGCUUUUGUGUGUUGUAUUGUUGCUUCAAAGCGUCCAAUAUUUUCUUUUGUCUUCUUCCUUUAGCUUUUAAAACCAAUGAUGUUGAGACGACUGAAGGAAGAUGUUGAGAAGAACAUUGCUCCAAAAGAGGAAACCAUCAUAGAGGUCUGUUCUUCAGUUCUUGUUAUGUUCAUAUGUUUUGUCAGCCUGUGGUUUAAAGGGAUGUGAGUGCUAUAUAUAGAGUUAGGCCUUUAUGUUCUCUGACAAACACCCCCUUUCUUGUGCCAGCUUUGGCUACUUCCCAGCUCUUCCACCUGGCCUUGUUUCUAUCUUUCUCAAAAAGUCCAAGAGAAACAAGGCUGGCUGGAAGAGCUGGCAAGUAGCCAAAGCAGUAGCACAAAACAGAAUAUUGGUCAGUGAACGUGAUGGCCUGACAUUAGAUUGGCCUUCAUUUUAUUUGCCAAUGUUCCAAAAAUGGGGUGUAACAUGUGUAGUGUGUCAUUUAAAUAUUGCUACUCACAACAUUGCGAAGACCAGUUGCAUAAAGAAUUAUUAAAAAUAUCAGACAAUAGUGCAGAUGUUGCAUUAUGGCAACUUAUUCAUUUUUAUCUUCAGGUGGAGCUUACAACCAUCCAAAAAAAGUUGUACAGAGCUAUCCUUGAACGUAACUUUGCUUUUCUGAGCAAGGGAGCAACAUCCAGUGCAAAUGUACCAAACUUAAUGAACACCAUGAUGGAACUUCGAAAGUGCUGUAAUCAUCCUUUCUUGAUCACUGGUGCUGAAGAAAAGGUGCUUGCUGAGCAUAACUUGUCAAUGCAUGAAAAAACUCCCAAGCAUGCCACAGUUAUGAUUGAUGCUUCUGGUAAACUCGUGCUUAUUCACAAGCUCCUACCAAAACUGAAAGCAAAUGGGCACAAAGUCCUGGUUUUCUCUCAGAUGGUUCGAUGUCUUGACAUUUUGGAAGAUUACCUUGUUCACAUGAGGUAUCCAUACGAGAGGAUAGACGGGCGGGUACGUGGAAACCUACGGCAGGCUGCUAUUGAUAGAUUCAGCAAGCCGGACUCUGACCGCUUUGUGUUCUUGUUAUGUACUCGAGCUGGAGGACUGGGGAUUAAUCUUACAGCUGCAGACACUGUUAUCAUUUUUGACUCUGACUGGAAUCCUCAGAAUGAUAUUCAAGCACAGGCAAGGUGCCAUCGUAUUGGGCAGAGCAGGUCUGUCAAGGUGUACAGACUUAUCACUAGGAACUCUUAUGAGCGUGAAAUGUUUGAUAGAGCAAGCAUGAAGUUGGGUCUGGACAAGGCUGUGCUCCAGUCCAUGAAUACCAAGGAGAACGCAAGCAACAAUGUAAGGGCUUUAUUCACUCUUAGAUUUUAUUACUUAAUACAUUGGUAACAAUGAGAACCACUCAAAUAACAGAGUUUUUAAUAAAUCCACAAGGAUCCUUGCAGGUUUGUCAAAGCAGCUAGCUGGUGAUAAAAUAAUAGAUGUCCACCUUUGAACAAGCUCCAACCCUUGCCUUUCUAUAAAGUUGAUUGAGCCAGCUGGCACAGGGAGAUGAUUUGUCAGAAUAAGUUGCAUUACAGUAGAAUUUCAGAAUAUCUCGGAUACUUACACUGAUUAGGUGUUAGAGUUAAGUUACAAUGUAGAGGUGGAGACCAAAAUGGGUAUUCAUGUUGUCAUUGGUGUUUUCUAUGGGAAAGGCCACUUUAAAGAUAGUGUACAUGUUGAUUGACAAACCAUGACAAACAGUUUAGCUUCCAUUCACCAGUACAGUACAAAUAGGGCAUGGUUCGUUCCCUAACAACCUUUGUUUUCCAGAGUUUUGAUCUUUCAAGUUUCUAUUAUUUUUAUACAGCAAUCAUUGUCCAAGAGAGAGAUUGAAGAUUUGUUGAGAAAGGGUGCUUAUGGUGCCAUCAUGGAGGAAGAAAAUGAUGAUAGCUCCAAGUAAGUGACUUAAUUGAGAACAUGAGACUCGGCUUUUCUUGACGGUAACUUAAACAUAUGGACAACAAUUUUCUAUGGUCUACAUGUAUGCUCUUAUCAACCCUAGCAAUGACCUCAAAUUAUUCAAAACUCAAGUGGAACCACUUGCCUGCAUUUUUUCAAAAAGUAACAUUAUUUUUUAUUUUGACAUUUUCUGAUAUCCAUUUCUAAUGAAGUUUGGGAAAAAUUGUGCACACUAGAAAGAGAAAAACAAAUUGUACCACCAUCAGAUCAUUUCCUUGGUCUUUACUCCUAUACAACAUAGCUCUCGACCAAUCAGUGAGAGAAAUCCCACAGUUACUGUAAAUUUAGUGCUAACCCAUGGAUCAUUUUACUGCAUAUAGGUUUUGUGAAGAAGACAUUGAUCAGAUUCUAGAGCGCCGUACUCAAGUCAUUCAGAUUGAGUCCCAAGGAAAGGGAUCUACUUUUGCUAAGGUAAAAUAUGAUCAUGUUGAAUUAAUUUCUUUCUAUACUAAUUUUUAAGAAAAGAAGAUAAAAUAGAGAAAUAAUCAAGUAAAUAAAUAAUAAGGGGUCCUGAGUAUUAAUAUUCUCAUUAUAUAUGUCCAUGGCAAACUGUAGCCUUUAUCUCUGUCUAAAUGAGCGAGCAGCUGGCAGAAGGUAAUUUCGCCACUUUCGAUGGAAAACUUGCCGCCUACAUGUACUUGAUACUUAAGCAAAAUUAUGCUAAGUGAGAUUCAUACAAUCAGAAGCCUUUGGUGCUGGCUACAGCAGUUACCCUGUAUAUACUACUGCAAGACACUUGGACUAGACUGGGCUUUGAAUUUGUAAGCUUUGUGGACAGAUAAUAUUCCAGUUGUGAAGCCUCCAGCUGUAAGAUGUUGUAUGACUUGUUUAACUUUUUUUUUUUUCUUUUGUAGGCAAGCUUUGUGUCAUCUAAGGGAGAGGAAGAAAUUGAUAUUGAUGAUCCUGAUUUCUGGCAGAAGUGGGCCAAAAAAGCUGACCUCGAUGUCGACCUUAUAAACAAGGUUUGCAGUUUAUAUUUUCUAUACUAGCCAACACAACCUUAACUGUGUCUUACACUCAUGCUUCAUCUGAAUUCUAGAAUUUAGAGUGAGAUGAUGUAAUUUUUCUUUAUUGUAAACAGGACAAUCGCAUUAUUGAUGCCCCGCGACAAAGGAAACAAACAAAGCGGUAUGGCAAUGAGGAUGGUGAUUUUGAACUAUCAGACUUAGAUCUUGAUGAAGAUGAUGAAGCACCUUUGCCACGGAGGUCAUCUUGGACCCGAGUAGAGUGCUUCAGGGUGGAAAAGAAUUUGCUUAUUUAUGGGUAAGUUGAAAUAUGGCGCAUUUGAAAACUGUAUAGUUGAAUUUCUGCGGUAUAAAUAAAUGUUAUUAUAAUGUUAUUAUUAAUAUUUUUUCUUGUUAGCCUUUUACUGGCAACAGUUGUAUAGCAGAUGCUGCAACAAAAAGAAAGGCUUUAGUGUUAUCAUUUCAACAACUUUAUCAUUGUUAUUAAAGGGCAAUUAAACAGGAAUUAGGAACCUAGACUGGAUCAUGUCAGUUGUUGUGAUACUCUGGCAGUUGUUAGUUGCACUGUUAUUGUUUCAAAGAAACAUGUUACAUUAGUUGACACAACUUUUACCUUAAUUCUGUUACUGCUUUGCACUUGUGUCACAUUUGUCUAGAAAUAAGAAGUUAUGCUGAGAUUUUCUCUUUGUUUCCUUUGCAGCUGGGGACAGUGGAAGGAUGUCAUUGCCUCAGGGCGAUUCAAAACCAAGGUCUCUGAAAGGGAUGUUGAAGCCAUUUCUCGCACAAUACUUGUGUACUGCCUGCACCAUUACAGAGGAGAUGAAAAAGUGAAAGGUUUUAUUAGAGAUCUGAUUAAAGCCUCAGCCACACGAGAACGACUGCCAAGUGAAGAGCGAGAUGCCACUUACAUGCCACUUCCAUCCUCAGGGAAGGGCAGGGGAAGAAACAAGAAGGGCAAGACUUCUAAUAAAAACAAAAGUGCCAUUGCUCUACUGGAAGUUGGUAGCGAGUGGCGGACAUGUGAUCCAGAAACUCUUAUACUAGAUGAGGGUUACAAGAAGCACUUGCAACACCACUGUAAUAAGUAUGUUGCUGCCAUGGUUAAUCACAUUUUGUAAUAGGCCUUAUAAUAAGUUUUCGUCAGACAAGCAAGUUUCACCACCAAGCUUUGUUUUGAGAUCGUAACUUUUCUAAGUUUUGCAUAAUUUAAUUUGUAAGGCGGUAGAGCUGAAAAUAAUACCAGUGCAGAAAGAUUGCAGAUGUAAAGAGUUUUGAUCUUAAACAAGGUUUGGUGGUGGAAUUUGCUUGUCUGAUGUGAACAGGCAUAAGAUUCAUUUGCUAGUAUGAUGUAAUGUGUGAAUGUGAUUGGUCUUAAACCUAACCCAAUCAUCUAUGAUUUACUAUGUCCCUGUUAUUACCUGCAGACAUCUAAGAUUUGUUUUGUUUUCUUUGCAAGGAUUCUGCUGCGCGUGAAACUCCUGUUUUUCUUGAGACAUGAGGUGAUUGGCACUCUUGGACACAAGAUCAGAGAAGGAUGCAAUGCAAGGUUUGUUAAACCGGUGUGCGACAAAGGCAGACUGCAGACUUGCAGACUGGCAGGUAAAUGAACAGAUAAACAUCGUUGUGAUAUGCUCUAACAGAUUCUUUAUCUCUGAAACAAGCCUUUUCGAAGACUUAAAUUUUAGGGGUAUGGAAUCUAUUAGGGCAUUUCACAACAAUGUUUACCCCAUUCACCCGCCAGUCUGCAGUCUGUGUUUAUCGCACACCAUUGAUAAACUGCUGAAGCCCUAAUAGGUGGUUUUGGUUCUUUCUUUACUCUUUCAAGCCUAAUACCAUAUUGUCAUUUCUUCUUAGUGAUUUGGACAUUGUCAUUCAUCCACCUGAAGGUGAUCCACCAGCAACUUGGUGGGAUGAUGAGUGUGAUAAGUCACUCUUAGUUGGAGUCUACAAGUAUGGUGAGUAUUAGACAUUUUAAAUGGAGUCAAGUGGUAGAGCUCCUGCUUUCGUGUGAAAUAAAACUGGCGUUAUAAAGUUUCUGGCUAACACUAUCUAAUGUGCAACAAGCCACAAGCAGAAAGUAAGGUGGCCUUCAACAGUGAUGACCAAAACUUUUUCUCAACUCUAACCUUCUUUUGUGUUUCAUAGGGUAUGAACAUUACAAGACAAUGCGAGCCGAUCCCUGCUUGUGUUUCGUGUCUAAAGUUGGUCUUCCAACUGACAUGAAUGACUCCACUGCAGGUGAACCUACUGACCCAGAUGACAGGCAAGUACAUGAAGUGUUUCUAAAGACAUUUCUAAGAUUAUUUUUACGCAUGUAGGUUAUCACUUAGGGUUGUGAGGAAAAAAAUGCCCAUUUAAACCAAACCAAGGGCUGUAGUACUGCUUUGAAGACUUAUAGCCUGUGUCACGCCCAGGUUGAUCUCCUUUGUGGAUUUGAUUCUAAUUUUCUGAUGAGCAUUCCCAUCCCUGUUGUAUUGGAGUUCUUUUUUCCCGAGGCCCUAACCCCUGAACCUACAUGUAUAGAGCUUGCUUGCAGACUACAAGACACUGGCAGGGCGUGGGUUUGCUAAUUUGAAGUCUUUCAGUUGCGGUUGUGAUUUUUCUUUUGUUAAUAAUGUAGAAACAUUCCGUUGUUUUGUCAAAUUUCCCUAUUUGCCUAGUGGUGUUGCAAGUGUCAUGUAGCUGAAUAAUCAGGAAUAUUUUUGUCGAUGUUUAGAGAUGACGAUGAUGCCAAUGACGACCCUGACUAUCAACAGCCUGCCAGUGUGUCUCAGAAAGAUGAUGAUAUGGAGGAUGAGGAUGAUAAGGUGACUGUUCACACAGGCAUUAUGUAUUCCUUUUUCACAGUCAGUGAUUAGAACUUUGGCUCAUUCUGAAACAUGAUGAUUUAUCCUUACCUACUAUGAGACUGUGGUUAUUCCUUUGAUACUAAUGGUGGGCGGCACUGAGGAGACCGCAAUCCUAAUCUUGAGAUAGCUAUUACACAUGUGCAACUUGUAUUAUAGCCAGCACUAGUGAGGAUGGAACUUUAGAAUGUUACAUGAUCACAUGCAUUUGCACCUUCUGUCACCCUGGUUAUUACGAGAAUAUUCUAUAUUUUUUAGAAAUCGUUUUGUUUGUGUACUUUUUCCAAGGUUUUUAUUUACAGAUCCCUGUUAACCCAGAGCACAUUCGAGGUAAAUAGGGAAUUGCAAAUUUAAUAAGUCAGCAUCUUCAUUUCAGGACACUGUUUCUGCUGUUUCAUCACCCAGCACACCUCGGAAGGCAGAGAAGUUGUAUGAAGGUAAGGUUUCUUCUUGAAGACCUGCUGUAUUUGGCCGCAUCUACCAUUCUCUUGUUCUGUUAGUAUUGCUUUACUUCUUUAGUAAUAAAAUGCCUUUGUUGCCAUUUUUUUCUAAUUUAGCUACUGGAGGUGAGCCUAGAGGUAAUCCAAGCCUAAGGUGGCCAACGCCAUCUGAUUUAAACACCAGACUCCGAAGAAUCAUUGCUGGGUACCAAAGAGUGGUGAAGAAAGCUGAGCUGAAGAAGGCUGCUGCAGAAAAGGUGAACUCCCCCACCUUCAGCAAAACUGCAAUCCCAUCCAAUUUUUUUGUAACCAGUGGAGCUGUUUUCUUGUUGUUUUCUACUCUUAUUGUGUUAGAUAAAAUUAAAUCUUGACAAUCAAGUCCUUAGUGAAACACUUAGAAUGUGAUUGAGUUGAAGUUGCUGUUCAUGAAAGCUCUGUUACAGGUCAUCUGUGAUAGACAAUGGAAUGAUUUUGCCCUAAAUGUGAUAAUACUAUUGUCUUGCAGCUGUAAUGCUGGGAUUCAUUAUUUUAUUCUUUAUGACUUAAGCAUAUAUAGCUAAGGUAAAUGUUGUGGUGAUUGAUUCUUGUCUCCUAUACAGGAACGUGAAAGAAAGGAGAGAUUUGAAGAGGCUGUCCGCCAGAAAGAACUGAAAAAGGCAGAAAUGGCUCAAAAGUUAGUGUCAUUCUUUACUUUGUGAACUGCAAUUUACUGUCAUGUAAAAUCAAUACUAUUAUUGUAAAGAGGCUUAACCUAUUCUUCUUCUCUCCCAGGUGGUCAAAACGAGAGGAGGUGGACUUCUAUCGCACAGUGACCACUUUUGGUGUUGAGUUUAACAAAAAAGAAGGUACAUAUGACUGGUCAAGAUUCAGGUGAGUAGAGUGUUGAUCAAUUUAAUUGUGGUCAUAAAUGUUUACAUCUGUUCCUUUACCAUUGUCAAUGAUUAAAAUCUUGCUGUUCACAUCCUGAAUUUUGUUGUUGACACAACCUUACCUACAAUGAGACAGUGGUUAUUGUAACAUUUUAUGGUCAUAGUUACCUAAUAGACCAUUUUACCGUCUUGGGCUUAGUAUCCUAUCCUUUGAACGUGAGGCUGAAGUUGACCUAUUUUUGUGACAAACUUCCUUCCUUUUCUUAUGGAAGUUAUGCCUUAAAAAUACUAUUUAGCAAAAGAACAAAUUGAUUUGCAUAAGAAAGCAGGAAGGGUUGUAUCAAAACAAGGUCAACUCCAGCCUCGUUUCCACCUGUAACUGUAAAGUGGGCUAUUGUGGUCAAAUAAACCAUGACUGAAGCGAAUCCUGGAAUGACACUGCAAUCUUGCUUCCAUUGAUUUUUCAGACGACAAGCCCGGUUAGACAAGAAGAAUGAUGAAAGGCUGACUGCUUACUACAUUGAUUUCAUGGCCAUGUGUAGAAGAGUAUGUGGCCAAGCUACUGAAGAGGAUGCAGGCAAAGGUGAGUGAAAAAAAAAAAAAAAAAAGAUUGAAACAUGCUCAAAAAUAAUGUUGUAAAUACUGUAGAUCAGAAAGGUAAGCCCUUGUUGUUUAAUUUUAUCUUGAUUGAACAGAUUUACAGAGAAAAAAAGGAAUCAUUAUUACAGGGUGGCAUGUACUAGGCUAAUGUACACUUAGUCUGCUAACUUUUAAACAAAUGCCAUUUGUAACUGAAUGGAUGUAAAGUAAUGGUUAAGAGUGACUAGUAUGUGUAUUGCAGCCUUUGAUUAGUUGCUGUUCACAUCCUGACAAGUUUGAUGAAAGCUUACCAAUUACAAAAUGAGGCUGUGUUUGAAAAAUGUUUGGAACAUUUAUUCAGUGGCUCUUCAAUUUUUUAUUGCACAAUGUGUAAUGCUGUAAAUGACUGUAUAUUUUUGGGCAGGUCUGAGUGUUGAACCUAUUUCAGAAGAACGGGCCAGUAGAAGUCUUUACAGAAUACAGUUACUCUCAAAGAUUCGAGAAGAGGUACUGUUUAACUAUUGUUGCCCUGUUGCUGCUACAAUUUAGUCAACUUUGCUUUUUUGUAAUUGUUCGGUUGAUAAAUGUAUUAGUUUCAAUAGAGGCUGUAGUGCUGCAUAAGUAGUGAGUGAAACACUGAAUUAGUGGGUGAUAGGGUUAAUAUUGAACACUACAAAGAGAUUCAAGAGCUGAUGUUAGGAGUGCUAGCCCAUCAUCAAGGAUGUGUGAGUUGUGUGACUAAUUUUUCAUUGCCACUAUCUUUGUUUAAAGGUUUUACCUCAUGAGAAGCUAGAUGAGCGACUGCAGCUAGCGCAGCCAUCUUCCAGCUUUCCUGACUGGUGGAUAUGUGGCAAACAUGACAAAGAUUUACUUAUUGGUGUUGCCAAGUAAGCAAAAAUUGCGCUAAUGAUAGUUAAAAAUUCUGUUAUUUUGUUGCAACAAAGUAUUGCAGCUACGCGUAAGAUUUCUUUUUUUUUUCUCUGAUUUUGUUGAGUUUUUUGUUUGAGUAUUUUAAGUGAUUGUAAUUUAAAUGUCCCACGAGUACAACAGUAAUAUUUUUAUUGUUUUCUGUCUUUCCUGCAGUCAUGGCAUCAGCAGAACAGAUUUUAAUCUUCUCAGUGAUCCUGAGCUGUCCUUUAUGGAAGUUAUUUCAAAGAUACCAGCAAAUCCCAUCAAUAAAGGUAUAAAAAUUAUAAUUACCUAGGAUAUUGUGUAACAUAUCUCAUGAUUACAAUGUAGUGAAAGCUUAUGUAAGUUCCCCUUUCCAUGCCAUCUAAAUUCAAAAUAUUUUUAUUCCAGUAAAUGCCAUUGAUAAGUUGCAUAACUAAGAGGUCUGAAAUUCCACAAUACAAGGUGCAAAGAAAGCCAUUUGACAAGCUGUAUCCUAUAUAAGCCCAAGAAUCAUUUUAACCAGCCCCCAAUUUAUAUAUAUAUAUAUAUAUAUAUAUAUAAUUUGCACGGGCUCUCUUGCCAAGAGAAGGUGUCAUUCCCCGUAACGGAACCUUCCAAGUGCGGUUUCACACUGGAAAUUAAGGAUGGUACUUAUGGUUGAGUACCGAUCCAGCCGUCUCAACCAAAACAAGCCAUUUUCCGGACCAGUUUCGACUUUACUGUCUUCAGGAUUUUUUAGGAUUUUUUUAUGGUUCUUCUGUAAUUUAAAUACCCAAAAACCUCACUUGCUCAUCGGGCGAGUAAAGAACAGUGAUUUCUUGAUAGUUUCUGAGCUAAAGAGUGUUUGUUAAUCUAUUUUUUAACAGUUCUUGGAGAUGAGAAGUCAUCUUCUCCUACAGGAAGUGUUAAGACAGAAUCGUCAGUUUCAUUUGAUAGCCUUUACCCUAUGAACAACGACUAUGAAAGGAAACAAGGCGAAGAUGCCACUAAGGCACCCAAUGAAGAAAGGGCAGCAGACAUGGGUGCUUCAACUUCAUUAUCACCCGAUGAACAGGUAUCCAUGCAUCAGGAAUCUACAGCAAUGCAACACGUGCCAAAAGCCGAGACACAAACAGUAUUGCCAAAUGCAGUGGAAUCAAGUUCCCCUACAGAUGCUUCAGAUCAGACUGUCAGGGAUGAUCCUAUUAUGGCAGCAAAUCCUAAGGUUGAGGAAAUGGAUGAAACUAUUAGGAACACUCCUGUGGCUUCUCAGUUCAAUCCAGCAGCCUCUCAAGAUGAGGACUCUCAACUGAGCUUCAACCAAGAGAGUCAGUCUGGUGAAAUGUCUGUAUUUUCUGUGAGAUGGCCUAAGGUACAAACAGAAUGCUACUACAAUAAUGUAUGUUAGAUGUGUCUUAUUCUAAUGCGACUCAAAACUCUGUGGACAUUUUGUACUAUUUGUUUGUUGCGUAAGAUUUUUCAACUUUUUAUGUCCGAGUCUCUUUGUGAUGAAGAAUACAAUUUAUUAUAUUAACAGGGCUCAAAAUAUUUUUUUUGAUUGUUACCAGUCAUACUAACUGGCCAAAGAAAUUUCAGCUCGGUCGUCUCUUUUUGACUGGUCAUGACCAAAAUAUUAAAAAUAAAACAACGAUGUAAACCAGGAUCUUUGAACAUUGGAAAUAGCUUAAAGAUGUGUCCUGUAGAAAAGGCGUACUUGGACCUUGAAACUUUUUUAAAACAAAUACAUUCAAAUCCAUUGACAGUACAAUUAUGUGUCCUGUCAAAAUGACUGGCAAACCGAGAGUUUGACCAUUGGUCCGGGUAAAAGAUUGUCAGUUGACCCUUAUUUUGAUCCCUGGUUAAUUUUAAAAAAUACAUCUUAUGUCUGUACAUUAAGAUUUGUUUGUUAAAAAUGUUCUCUGGUAGAAAAUUUUACCCCCAAAGAAUUUUGCUUAAACCUAAAUCCUGCCUAGGAAUCUUUCUUUGAUUUAUAGUCCCCACAAAUAUCACUUUUUGACAGGAUAAAGUGGUUAUUCAGCGCUUAGACCAACUCUGUGAGUGUGUCCUGAAAGGUGAAUGGCCAGUAGUGAGUAAAGCAGCAGAGGCCCUACUUCAGAGUCAACUGGCUGCUAAUUCCCCCAUGUCGACAGGUCUUGGGGAUGUGGACAUGGCUUCACUGGCCCCUGGCUUUGCUGUUGGUGAUGAUGGGUUACCUGAGGACCCGUCCAAAGCUUUUAAAUUAAAAAGGGUAAGUUCCAACUCAAGAGGUCCUUAGCUGUACAUCAUGUUUCUGUGUAAUAUUUAACAGGACCCGAACAAAGUCGUGUCUUGUAGUCCAGAACAAGUAGAUUUUCUUGGUGGGCAAGUGACUUUUGAAGCUCGCUCCAGGCAAGUCAUCCUCCAACAAAAUCAUUUACUAAGAUGAACAAGAAGUGGCCCUGGGCAGGCAAAAGGGGACAGUUGCUUGCCAGAAUUCAAGUUUUUUUAUUAUUAUUAUUAUUAUUUUUAACCCUGAUUAAGCCUGAGAUUUAAACAACAUCCUACUCUACUCAAGGGUGAAGUAUCUGCAGUGUCUGAUUUGGCCAUUACAGUGUAAUAUUAAACCACACCACAUAGCCAAGCUGGAGUGCAGUUUCUUUUUACAUGUUGUCUCUCUUCAGUGCUAUCAAACAGAUAUAGCCAGGCUUUGUGAAAAGUUAAUUAUGUUAUGACCUUUCCCCUUGCCUGUUUCAGCUUGAUGGUUUAAAACUUACUUUCAAGAAAAACAGAAGAAAAAGAAAAAAGGAAGCAGGUUUGUGUUGAGUUGUGAUUUUGCAAGAUUUGUGUCAAAAGAAGAAAUAUAGCUAUAGGGGGAGGGGUUUCCUUGUGUGUGUGUUGGGGGGGCGGUCUGUGACCAGGCGAUGAUGCAAAAUUUAAAAAAGAUGUAGUAGAGAAUCAGUACCUGGAUGUGUGCAAAUAUUUCAGUGGUUGCAUUAAGAAAAAAAAAAAUUGAAUAAUACAACUUGGUCAAACAUUGGGUCGAAAAAAUAACAAACUUUGUACCUUAUCAGUUUGACAUAGGCAACUCUAUGAAGACAUGUGAAUAUAGAUUUACCCUACUUUUUUCAUCUUAUAUUUUAUGCACAAUAACAAAGCAUGUUUUGUGUGAACUUACAGAAAUGGCUGAAGGCCUCUCAUUAGAUGAAGAGCGUGCACAUAAUGAACCAGGUAAAGUCUUGGGUCCUAUUUUGAUUUCAUGAACCAACAGUAGUUUGCUGACAUCAAGGAAUACCAUUUUAAAGGACAGUAUGGUCUGUUAAGCCAAAGUAACUUUUUCUCAUACAAAUUUCAAAGUAAACUGAACAAAACAAACAGAAAAUUAACAAUUGUCCUACUACAACAGCCUUCCCAAAAAUUACAGCUUGUUACAGGUCACAUAAAUUUGAUUAAGUAGUGUCUAUAUUAGUGAGUUUUUAGCUCUGUUUCAGUAAUGAAUAUCCUAACAAUGAAAAGAAGAGUAUUAGCAGAUUGAGAGAAAGGAUUUGUUGUUGUUCAGUAAACUCACAUCUCGUGCUUUUGUUUUCAACAUAAUAACGAAUCCUGCGUGUUUUAACCGAGUGUUGCACAAUUUCAACUACAGUUACACCCUUUGCCAAUGUUGGCUUAGGGGAGGGGUAGGUGGGCAGUUUCCCAGAAACCUAUAUUGAUCCUUACAUUGUACCUUCAUUACAGCAGUUGACAUUUUUUUAAGCAAUAAUUUUUUCAUAUCCUUGAGUGCUGCCUCUUGUAGGUCACGGAAAACUGCCUGCCCAUUUUCACCACGAUGGAGAAUGGAAAGAAGGCUUGAUCAACAUGGAAGCAACCGGUCAUGAAUUCAGAUGGGAUCCUUCUACUGCAAUAAAACCUCCUAAAAAGAAGCGAGCUUCAAAAAAAGAGAAAGGGGAAAAGCCUGAAAAGGUGCCAUCUGGAAAGAAGCGAGGAAGAAAGCCAAAAACCGAUAAGCUCGGAUCUGCGGGCAGAUUGGCUGACACUGGUGGUGCAGGGAUGGUACCUGAGGGGGCGUCUCUUGAAUGGACCGGUUUUACUCAUCCUAAUAGAGUUGAUGGGGGAGUGAAGCAGGUGUCUGUGGUAGAAGAAGGCAAUUCUGGCCUUACAAGAGCUUCUUCUUCAAAGUCACCCCAUGAAACUGGAGUGAAUACUGCUUUGCCAGCAUUUGGAGAAGAGGUGAGGGUAGAAGAAAAUUUCAGUUUUCUUUGGUUUCAGGUUGUUGUUUUGUGGGAGGGGAAGUUUUUCAAGAAUUCUCCCAAGUGGUUGUGUAAACAGUGCUCAAAGUGUGAACGUGCUGUUUAUUUGCUAAUGCAUAAAAUGACCUUUGACCCACGGGAGAAAGAUGGGAAUCACUUUAAAGUGUGAGCAAACCCUAAUGAUCUGAGUGAUUUUUAUUGAAUAGCACUACUCUCGUACAGUAGCUGCCGCGAGAAUGUAUUCAGGCCAGAAGUAUGAGCUAUCUUCUGAAAGUUGGAUCAUUUAGCCAACAGUGAGCGGUGUUCUCCCUAGGAUUGUGGGAAGGCAAGGGGGUAUUCUGCCCUAGGUUUUUAACGGUGUUUGUACGAAGCAUGCUUUAGCCAGAAUAAAAACUCAUGAAGAUUAGGAACAUAAUUUUAGUAGUUCAUUUGGUUAGCAAGUAACUGUUUUUGUCCAGUGUUUUUUUUUUUCUCAGCCCCACAAAUAGUAGCUGUUUUCUCAAAAUUAGAGUCUUCUUCCAAUGUUCUGUUUUUGGAAUUAAUCGAUUUCAGAAGAUUUGGUGUCGUUUUAGGUGAAUGAACUUCUUCCACCAGAUUUCCAUCACUGUUCUGUCUCCUUUCCACAGUAAAAAAAGAACUCAAUUUGCAUUGACAAGAGUUUUGUUUUUUUUCUGCUCAUUUCGGGCUGAUUAGGUUCUCCCUUUUGACACUGCUUAAAAUGUAAGUUUCGUACUCCAUGUGAGCACCUUGAAGAGCCCUUGUGUUUCUGGGACAAUUUCAAGAUUGCUGCCAUUCAGUGAAACGAAUGCAUCACAGGUUUUAACAUAUUCAAAGGGAAAUCACUUUACUAAUUAGUUAAUUGGGAGAAAACACACAAGUAAAAACACUAGACAAUGUUUCACCAACUUAAACUUUAAAGUGAUUUUGUCUCUGAAGCACAUAGUUCUAGGACUUGUAGAUGUCUUCUUAAGCUUUGAAUCUGGCAACGAUUUUCCGGCGAAUUGUGUCAGGCAGCCUGCCUGGCCUUAAAUACCUAGGGAGAACACUGAGUGAGAGUGACAUUACGCCUGGUUCUCAAAUGCGGCUUAGCUACCUGCAGCAUAGCUGCCAAUACUGCGUGCGGAACCAUUCCGAUAAUGAUAACUAAAGUCGCCAGCAACAGAGGCCAUGUCAGUCUUUCCCACUGGCAUGCCCGCAAAGUUAACUCAAGGUUGACUUCGCAUACAUGCCAAGGUAAAGACCUGUGAUGUUUCUUGUUGCGGGUGGCGUUAUGUCCUCAUAUGUUGGACUAGUAUUGCAGGCAAUACUGGCAGCUAUGUUGCAGGUACUUCGGCGGCACAUGAGAACCAGGCUCAAGUAUGGAUCAGCAACUGAUAAUGAUGUCUGGUUGUCGUGGUUUAUUGUCUUACGGAAUUCAAAGGCCUCAUUAUGUUUUUCUUUCAGUUUAAGAACUCGAGUGUGGAAGGAAAUUCACUAAGCACAAGUGGUUUAGACGAACCAGUUGCUGUUGUUGAUAGAGAAAGUGGAAGGAAGGUGCGUAUUUGAAAUAAAAAUUAUCUUUCCUAUGUCCUUCCAGCUCUUUAAUGAUCUUUAAAUGUCUUGGCAAAAAUGUUUGACUGCACUAGGGUCUCUAAGCCUGUGUGGUAGGUGUUAAAAAGUUCAGGGGAAAUGGCAAACAAGCCCUUUGCAUUUUAGCAGGCAUAGGUUUUCCCUCCCAACUCCGUUUUAAACCCACUCUCCAAAAGUGAAACUUUUUAAAUGUAGUCACAUCAUUAAAUCAGUUGGCCAGUGAUAGAAAUGACUUGAGUACUAACAUAUGGUUGUUUGUUCUCUUCAGUUGGUGGGAAGUCUAGCACCCACGUUAUCUAACCUUGAAGAAUGGCUGCAACAGAAUAGCAGUUUUGAUGUUGCUGAAGAGUCUGCUGCAUUAGUUCAUAGCAAGGUAUGUGUCAUAAAACACAUCUUCAGAACGAUACGGUAAUCUUUGAUCCAUAACUGUUUUUUGUAAUGAACCAGUGAUUUUAAAAGGAGGACGUAGAUGGUCUUAAAGGGCACACCUGUACACCUUUCAAAAUGUGAGAACAGGAAAGGAAAAUUGGCAUCUUAACUCCUUCACUCCAAAUAGUGGCCAAAAAAAGUCCCCCAAAAAAUCGAAUUUCCUUUUGUAAGAUCCCUUGAAAUAAAUAGCACCAUGCAAAAGUACUGCCAAAGAGGUUUCAUUUGAAUGGUAACAUCGUAGGAUUUCAUCCACAGACUCAAAAGCUAGAGCUACAUACUAAACAAAUAGUACCAUAUGAAAGUACAGCUGAAGAGGUUUCAUUUGAAUGGUAACACCAUAGGAUUUCAUCCACAGACUCAAAAGUUAGAACUACAUACUAAAUAAAUAGUACCAUGUGAAAGUAUUGCUGAAGAGGUUUCAUUUGAAUGGUAACACCAUAGGAUUUCAUCCUCAAACGUUAGAACUUCAAACUAAAUAAUUAGCACCAUGUUAAAGUUCUACCAAAGAGGCUUUAUUUGAUUGGUAACAGCUUCGGAUUUUGCUCACAGACUCAAAUUUUGGAGUGACAAAUAACCUCGUCAUAAUUUGGUCUAGAAUAGAACAAUUUUGAAAAUUCAUACUUAGCUACGAGGCUUGGGGGAGUAAAACAAGAGAAAUGUAUCAUUCAUUGCUGAGCCUGAAGAUGAUUUCUUUUGUUUUAUUCCCUUAAGCCUCACAACUAAGUUUUUAAUAUAUCGAAAUGGGUCUUUUGAAAGGGUUAACAUUGAAGGGUGAGGGUAAACAUCUUUCAUGAUGGCUUGUGGGACUGCUGGGCAGUGCUCAGGGUCCUUAAUCCCUGUCUGUGUUCAGCUGUCUGUGUGUAUUACAUGUGACACUGGAUGCAUGCACACACCCAUGUGUAGUCCAAUAUUAAAUUGAACGUCAUAGUCCAGCCAAGAUCUUUCAAGGACUGGCUGGUUCCCCUGUUUCACACAGUAUAAUAAUAACAAUCAAAUUUGUGUUUGUGACCAUGUAUGAUAGUGGAAGCCUGUCCUAAUCAUGGCUCGAAAAAAAUCCCGUCCAGUAGUCCGAGACAAGUGAAUUUUCUUGCUGGGCAAGUAACUUUUAAAGCUUAUUUGCCCAAUGGGCCAUGCUCUAGGCAAGUCAUCCUCCAACUAAAUCAUCAACUAAGAUGAGCAAGAAGUGGCCCCGAGAAAGCAAAAGGUGAGAGCUGCUUGCCCAAAGGACUAGCCCAAAUUCAAGUUUAUAUUAGCCCUGCUAAUCUGACAGAAUGAAUGUGAUUUAUAGCCACCUUUGGUCAUUUCUUUGCCCUAAUGUGGUAGCCCAAAAACUGUUUAUUUAUUUCAGGGUAUUCUACCAGAAUCUCUUCAGAGCAGAUUGAUCCAUGGUGGAAGAAAGUCCAAUCCUACUACGCCCACGGCUGCCGGGCCACAAGCAGCGCAUCAGUUAUAUGGGAGCUAUAAUGAGAUGAACUUCGGCACUUCUGUUUCUAAACCUCAGUUUGACUCAUCGUCCACGUCUUUGACAUCAACAGCACCGUCUAAUUCGCACAGUGAACCUACUCGCUCCAAUUUCCCAUUCGACUCACAGUUUGGGAACUUUCAGCAUGCCAUGCCAUUUGGACCAUUCAGUCAUGUGCCGUACUACUCGCAUUAUGGGAUGGGUGGGACAGCAAAUCCUCAGGGAGGUGCUACUUUUGGCGAGAGUGCAAUGUCAAAACAGGGACAAUCACCAUCUAGUCCCAGUCCUUCAUCUUCACAUCUCGUAUUCAAUAACACUUAUUCAUCAAUGUAUUCAGGACAACAGUCCAGUAGUGUUGCCCAGGGAUACCCUCCUGGCAUUGGAUCAACUGCUUUUUCUUAUCCUCUUAUGAACAAUGGGAAUCUUGCACCAUCGCCCUUGUCGUCUGCUAAAGGAGACUUAAUGCAAGACAGCCCAAGUCAUGGUUCUCCAAGUAUCGGUAGUGACAUUUCAUCUCAUGGAAGCCCAGGCAAUGAUUGUUGAUGGUAGCAAAAGCUUUAUUCUAGGGUAUUUAAUGUAUUACAAAGCUUAGCUGAUGGUUAGAUGUCAGAUAUAUCUAACCGUUAUUGACAUGGGCUGUUUUUUAGGUGGCUUUGAAGAAUGUAGUACCAGUUUUUCAAAGAGAUGUGUCCGAUAUAUCUUCUGUUGUAGCGUCGAGAGUCAUUAUUAACAUUUGCAAAUUCAGCUUUGAAUUUUUGUUGCUGCGCUAAGCUGUUUAUAUUGAUGCUGCUGUCUGCUUCAUGUUACAGUCAUGGAGACUUUUAUAUGGGUUCUCAAAUGAACCUGGAAAACCAGUCUAACAUAUUUGAAGCCCAAACGUUCUAGAUCUUCUCCCGUUUUCCUUUUCCGUUGAUUAGAAAAGCAAAUCCUUGUUGAUAUAGUUGGAGAAGACGAAAUUCGGCUUAAUACAUGCGCCAUUUGAAUAAACGUAUUUGUCCUGUAUUCUCGCUCAAACUGGCUUUGCAUGCAGGCUUCAAUACUCUUCUUCUCUCUCCAACCAUAUUGCCUCUCGUAGCCUGUGUUGCACCCAGGAGAAUCUGAUCACGUCUGUUUUCUGAUUCUUGGUUUUCAGAGAGCUUUUCUUAUUCAUAAACCUAUUCUUAUAAUAUACAUAUGCAUGAUUUAUACAUAUAUGAAAAGUAUUCAAACAUGUUAACGCCAGUGGGCAUUGUACAUUGAAUUGACUUAUACAACAUUGGAUUCUAAUUUUUAUAAUGCCAAUUCUUUCUUCUUAUAAAACUGGAUAUCACCUGAAUGGUCAGGUGUCACCAUCGGUGAAAGGAAAAAUGUGGAAAGCCAAUGGUGCCAAAAUUAAUAUAUUGCAGCAGUCCUGCUAUUUAUUUUAUGAUUAAGGUGACUUUUGUACUUUUUAUCGUUCAGUCUGGCAAAGCUCCGUAAAAAAUGGUCUAUACAGUCAAACUAGAAUGAGGACAGACACUUAUUUAUUAGCACCGUUGAUUUUUCUCCCUUAAGUAUAAAUUUUACGAUGGUGUCAAUCGUAAAAUGUUCAUCUUAUAACUACAGUUCAAGGCUUUUUUCCGUUGGAGAAAAUUCACAGUCGCUCUUCCUCAACUUUUAUAAUUCAUAAGACCAAGAAAAUUCUCUUUUCUACAAUACGUUUUAUUGCUUCUAAUGUGUUCAACUUGUUCCGCAAUGGUGUGAAUGUCUAGUUUAUACUUAAAAUUUGGAAUGAGAAGUUGUUAAUGUUUCUAGAUGAUUUUCGGAGGUAGUAGACCCGAGAGGGUCGCACAUGCCUAGUCUUUACGCUACAAACUUGUGUACUUGUGUGUUCGCGUUUCUCUGAACUCCAGUCUUGACUGGAGUGAGGACCCAAAUAGCAGCUAUGAAACGACAAACGUGACUGGCUUUAAUACAACCCUUUCUGUUUGGCUCAUUAACCUUUUAAGCCCAAGUAUCCAUGUACGAAUUCUCCUAACUGAUCUCCAAUCAUUUCCUUAAAGAAUUAGGUGGGAGAAUUUGAUAAAAGAUCAAAGCAUUUUUGCUCAGGUGAUUAGUUAACUAAUGCUCACGACAUUUCCUCUUGCUGUUAGGAGAAAAUUAAGGCUGGUCACUCUUGUUACUUAAAGGGUUAAUAGGCUGAUUUAGCAACAGAACGAGAACGUUGACGACGGCACGCGCAAAUUAAACAACUGGCUUGACCAAUGGCAGAGCGACAAAUUGGGCACCGGAAGUCGUGGUUAGUCCUUUCCAAGCGCUUUCCCGUCGUCAACUGACGUUCCCGUCCUGUCGCUAAAUCGUCUGUGCUUGCCGUGUUUAGCAGUGCGAGAUUGGAUCUGUGGUUUGAUCACUAAGUCAGUCAACUUAACUGUCCUCCAAUGUUACGAAGUGAAGAGUAUCAUGAAAUAAAUUAUAGUGUGCUUUAAAAAUGUACCUUGUACAUAAUUAUUCAAAAGAAAGAAAUGGGUUUUGGUUAAUAUAGGAAAGGACAGGAUGUUUAUUAAGGAGUUUAAGAGCUGCUUGUUCGCUGAUCCCUAAAUAAACUUCAUGAGUGGUUGAAAUUUCUGUCAGUUGUACAGUAGUAACAGCUUGCUAAUCAGUAAAGUGGGACCGAGACGAAACUAAUUUUUCCAAAUUUGUUAAUUCUAAUUUAGUCAGUCUGUCUGGUUAUGCAAAAAUUGUAAUUAUUCUUGAGAUUAAAUUGAAGGUAUCGGCCUUUUGUUACCAAACACACUGGAGGACACUCUAACUUCUGAGUAGUUACAGGAACUAAUGCUAUGAAGUAUUCCUUAUUAUGGCCUCGAUUAAUUUUGAUAGAAACGUGCCUGUAUUUAAGGACUGUAUUUAUUAAUUUGAAUGAAAUUUUUACAAAUAUUUUUAAUAAAUUUCUGCUGCUCCGGUGUCUCUUACC